AUUGUAAGCUAAUUAUCGCUAACCAACCAGCUGGACAUCUAACUGGCUGAAGUUAGCUUUUUUUGGUAGCUAACUUUGUCGUUUGGAUAAAAGAGAAAUUAUUUUAUCAAAGGCCUGAAUAUUUCGGCGAUUAAGUAUUCUUCAACUUAACAUUCACAUCAUUUGUUUAGGUAACGUAGCUAGCUAUCGUGUAAUCACAGCAAAGAUGACGGUGGUAGAUGUCUAACUAAUGUAAUACAAGUUAACGUUAGUGUCUGGUAGCCAGGUCAGGUGACGUUAUGUUGCUAGCUAGCAAAGCAGAGGUUUGCUAAGGCUGGCUGUGUCUUUCGGUGACUAACGUUAAUAUUUCGUCGUGAUUUCGAGCGUUACUGAACUAACAUUUGCCGUGUAUUGUUCAUCGCUACGCUAUCCGUGUUUUUUGUAGUUGGCUAGGUCAACCAGAACAGUAUUUACAUGCCCUGUCCAACUCUUCUAAGUUGAAACGCAAGUUAACUAGCACAGCCUGUGAAGUUGCUAGCGCAUCAGCGAGUUUUCUAGAUUGGUAUGUUUAGGUUUCAGACAGCCUAUCGCAACUAAUGAUGGCAGUAUAUUGCCGUCAGUUAACGUAACUAGCUACAUGUGUUAAUUAAGUUUAUACUGUGCGUACUCUGUAAUGCUAGGGAGAUGGGUCUUUGUCUGAAAUGUGUACAAUGCUGUAAUGUUUGGCUGUACUGACUCUGGCUAUCGCCAUUGGGCGUUUAUUUUCUUGUAGGCCUAGAGGUGUGUCCUCUCCAGGUGUGUACUGAGUCAGAUGGGUGAAACGUAUAACUGUCUACCAGGAAGCAAAGGGUGGUUGUGUUUAUCUGUCUAACCGGUUUGUCGAGUAAGAAACAUCACCAACGAGUUUGUAAUACUGAGAGAUGUAGCCACAAUCCCUUUAAAUCAGUUUUAGGCAUUGGCAGAAGAACGGGUUACAUCCUGCCCAAGUAUUUUGAUUUGAUUUGCCUUUUGCUUCCUCUUCAAUUAAUUCAGUUCAAUUACACAAUUUUGAGAUCACUGGUCCACUUCCCUGUUUUGUGUAAUAAUUUGAACUAUUAAAUACGACCUGCCCACUCUAUAUGUAAAUAAACACGUACAUAAUUUCCAUUUGCAAAGACCAAAUGCACAAGGUAGCAGUGCCCCCCACGUCAUUCACUAUGCCCACUCACUUUUUAAAAGUAGAACUAAAAUAACUUUCAGAAUGAUAUGGAUUUUUAACAUAACAGUGAAACCUGAAGAUCGAUUAAAAAGCGCACACUCUGGGCCCAAUGUAGUCUGGUGGUAUGAGAAUAUCUCCCUAUUAAAAAUUGAUCUUUGCAGAGCACUUAUCUUUUAUAUAUCUAUCCUUCUGUCUACUCAACAAAGGCUGGUGUUGUGAUUCUAACAUUCAAACAUUCUGAUGCUCAAAUUAAAUCUGGAUAACUGCUAUCUCAGGUUGUUUUCCUCUCACUAAGAUGUUGCUUAGCAUAAACUGUCUUUUUAGUUACAGUUAACGCUAGUUUGGGAUUUUUUUACUAACUAGCUAACUCAUCUGAAUUCCGCAUUGAAAGAGACAAUUCUUGGAGUCUACUGGAUUUUUUGUGCGUUUUUGUUUUGUUUUACUCUAUGGGCAACUAGAAAGUAAAAGGGUGAACAGCAGCAGUUGCUUGUGAACAAGUAAGAGGGCAGGUAUUGUUGUCAAUAUUGAAUUAUGGCUCUAUAAAAUUGUGAUGUUUGCCAGAGGGAAGAAAGGAAAAGGACUUGAGUUAUCUUAUCAGACAUUAGGCCUACUUGGUGUGUUAUUGGUUAAUGAGAUCAACUUUUACACACUUGUAAUAUCUCUAAGGGCUUUUCAAAAAUGUCAGGAAUUGUGCCUUGAGCCACCUUUUGAAUAGGCCUACCUGUUUUGUGGUUAGGUCGCACCGUCUUCUCUGAGUGAGUGUGAAGGAUAGAGGUUUUUCUUCUCUUAGAAGGUGGGAAAGCGACACAGGAAUGGAAUUUUACCCCAUUUUCAUGGUUGACUGAGCUUCUCUCCUCUCCCUCUAUUAGACGGUUAUUAGAUUAAUUUCUACUCGGUCAUGGGCAAGUGAAGGGCAGAAGUAAAACUGUCAUGUUCAGCAAGCAACUGACAGUUCUGAUGUUGCAGCACAAGUAGAGGAAGCUGAGGAAGUGUGGUAAAACCGGAGUGGACAUUGCGGGACAGCCGCAGUCGUUCUGGGAGGAUGAAGAGGUUCCGCCGGCACGGGCAUGAUUCUCAACGUGACAAGCUCAAGCAAGAACUGUACCAGUUCAACAAGUCAGUGGAGCAUGGCUUCCCUCACCAACCCAGUGCUCUGGCUUACAGCCCUGAUUUAGAUCUGCUGGCAAUCGGCACUCGUUCUGGGGCCAUCAAACUAUAUGGAGCCCCCGGUGUGGAGUUCAUGGGUCUGCAUGAUGAGAACGCCACGGUUACUCAGGUGCAUUUCCUGCCCCACCAGCUGGAAUUGGUGACCCUUCUGGAUGACAACAGUCUUCACAUGUGGACUCUACGAGCCCAUCAGGGUGUCUCUGAGCUUCUGGAAGUGGGCCGUUUCACGCUUACUGGACCGCCUGGGGCUCCACCCAGUGUGACACGGGUAACUACAGUGCUGGCACAUUCAUCAGGUGAGCUGCUACUGCUGGGCACUGAGGGUGGCCAUGUCUUUGUGGUGGAGGUGCCUGGCUUUCGGGAGCUUGAAGAGAGGAAUAUCAGUGUGGAGGAUAUCCAGGCCAGAAUCCCAGAGGAGUAUGUUCCCCGGCGAAACCUGGAGUGUGUGGAGGCCCUGCACGAGAAACCCUUGAACCCAAACCAGGUGCUGAUCGGCUAUGGUCGUGGCCUUAUGGUGCUGUGGGACCUGGAGAGACAGUGUGCCAUUCAGCACUUUCUGGGCACUCAGCAGUUGGAGAGUGUGUGGUGGAUGGAGGAUGGUGAGCACAUACUGAGUUCUCAUAGCGAUGGCAGCUACUGUUGCUGGCUGACGACGGGAGGUGAUGUGCAGUCAGAGCCUGAGAAGCAGGACACUCCUUACGGUUCUUUUCCCUGUAAAGCCAUUUCCAAAGUUCUUCAAUUUCCCACGAAACAAGGGCCUCCGUUCCUGAUCUUCAGCGGGGGGAUGCCCCGUGCCAGCUAUGGGGACAGGCACUGUAUCUCCGUCAUCCACAGCAAGACUCAUAUUGCGCUUGACUUCACCUCCCGCAUUAUUGACUUCUUUGUUAUCAGGGAAGGAGAGCAGCAUACAGGAGACCCCAGUGCUCUUGUGGUUCUGGUGGAGGAAGAGCUGGUGGUGGUGGAUCUCCUGACUGACGGAUGGCCUGUCAUUCAGACCCCCUACCUGGUGCCACUGCACUGCUCAGCCAUCACCUGCUCACACCACGUCUCCAGCAUUCCCUUCAAGCUCUGGGAACGCAUACUAGCUGCUGGUGAUGUGCAAAAUACACACUACUCAAACAAGCCCUGGCCCAUCACUGGUGGACAGAAUCUGGCCCGUGAACCACCGCAGAGAGACCUGCUCCUUACAGGACAUGAAGAUGGCACUGUGCGGUUCUGGGACGCCUCGGGGGUCUGCCUCCACCCCAUGUAUAAGCUUAGCACAGCAGGGGUGUUCCACACGGACGGCGACCCAAAUGACAAUCUCAACCAGGGGGCCGAGGGAGAGUGGCCCCCUUUCCGAAAGGUUGGGUGCUUCGAUCCCUACAGUGAUGACCCUCGACUCGGCAUCCAAAAGAUCCAUCUUUGUAAAUACAGUGGUAUCCUGACGGUGGCGGGUACAGCAGGACAGAUCCUGGUGCUGGAGCUGAAUGAUGAGAUGGCGGAGCAGGUGGUUCCAGCCACUGUUGUGGACCUGCUUCAGGGCCAGGAUGGCUUCCGCUGGAAAGGCCAUACCCGUCUGGAUGUGCGAGAGGAGCCCGUUUCCUUCCCUGCUGGGUUCCAACCCUUUGCCUUGGUGCAGUGCCAGCCUCCAGCUGUGAUCACAGCCAUUGCCCUUCACUCCGAGUGGAAGCUGGUGGCCUUUGGGACCAGCCAUGGCUUUGGUGUAUAUGAUUAUCAGCAGAAGAGUAAUGUUUUUGCCAGGUGCACCCUUAACCCCAGUGAUCAGCUGGCUAUGGAGGGUCCUUUGUCUCGAGUGAAAUCCAUCAAGAAAUCCUUGCGUCAAUCAUUCCGUCGGAUCCGCCGCAGCCGUGUGUCCAUGCGCAAACAUCAGACAGCCAAUGCAGCCAAGCUGCAGGAGUUAAAUGCAAAGCUGGAGGCAGAGGCUCUACAGGAAAUGGAGUUGGCACCAGUUCAGAGAAGGAUUGAGGCUCGUUCAUCUGAUGACUCCUUCACUGGCCUUGUUAGAACUCUCUAUUUUGCAGACUCAUUCAUUACUGACAGUACCCACUGUACGCCAUCUCUGUGGGCUGGAACCAAUGGGGGGGCUGUAUUUGCCUAUAUGCUCCGCCUCCCCCCAGUGGAGCGCAGAAUGGAGGACCCAGUAACUGGCAGUCAAGCUAAGGAGAUCCAGCUGAUGCAUCGUGCUCCUGUUGUGGGGCUGGCGAUUCUGGAUGGAAGGGGGGUGCCUCUCCCCGAACCUCUGGAAGUAGCCCACGAUCUGGCCCGCAGUCCAGACAUGCUGGCUUCUCACCACCUCUUAGUCAUAUCUGAGGAGCAAUUUAAGCUCUUCACAUUGCCUAAAGUGAGCACCAAGACCAAGCUGAAGUUGACGGCGAUUGAUGGCUCACGAGUGCGUCGAGUGGGCGUGGCUUUGUUUGGCAGCAGUAGGGUAGAGGACUAUGGUGAAAACGGCCUGGUGGUGUUGACCAAUCAGGGUGAACUGCAUGUGAUCUCACUUCCUGCCAUCAAGAUGCAAGUACACCACCCUUGCAUUCGACGGGAGGAUGUCAGUGGCAUUGCCUCCUGUGUUUUCACCAAGUAUGGGCAGGGAUUUUAUCUGAUUUCUCCUUCGGAGUUUGAGCGCUUUUCUCUCUCGGCCCGUUGGGUGGUGGAGCCGCGGUGCCUAGUGGAGUCACCAAACAUUCCCAGCACUGUUGUCGACCCCACCAAGACUAGGUGUCUGGGGGACGGUUAUGAUGGCAGUGACAUCAGAAGAGGCAACGACAAUGACAACUCUGCUAGCCAUGUAAUGGAGCAUGCUUUGCUGAAUGAUGAGAAAGUUCUGCAAGAGAUCCAAAAGUCUCUAGAAGGAGAUCAGAUGGGACACGCAGACAAUAAUAUAAAGCCUUCCGGUGAGUGAGGAUGACUGACUGCCCAGAGUGCCUACAACUUGGAGUUGAUCCGUACUCCAGCCUUGCUAGUAUGGCCUAAACACUACUGCUUCUACUACUACUGAACUCCUUUAGCCAAAUCCCUCAGUCUGGAGUCGGAUGCAUGAAGCCACACCACUGCACGGGGCGCAGAAGACUAGAGACGGCCCCGCCCGCCCGCCCGCCCGUGCCUGCCAUGACCAACCACUGUUUCUCCACCGAUUCCAUUGCCUGCUUAAUGAACCACUCAUUCCCCUGUCUCUCUCCCCACCCCCCCACCCCCACACACACACCUGGGGGUGACGUUUGCACAAUCUGAAAGCGGGCAAGCCUCAAGAGUAAAAAAGGAACACACGGAUUGUCUUGUGGGGGUUUGCCCAAGGAGUGUUUUGAUGUAAUUGUUUUCUUACUGUUUUUUUACCUAUGAUUUUUUUUCUAUACAAAAUUCCUUGCAUCUGCACGGGCGGCCAACCACACAAGGGAAAAACAAACCACGCUCACCGCUAACAUGGUAGUACCGAGUAUGAUUACACAAAGAAGGCUUCCUGUAUGCUGGUAUGAAGUUGCAGUGGAGGCGCAUGUAACGGUUUCGACUGCAGUACUCACAAGGCAUUAGCGAUGCUACCUCUUUCCUUGUCCGUCCAGCUAGAGAAUAGUCCAGGGAAUAUGUUAAUAUCAGAUAGGUACUCUCUUUUACUGUGUAGCACGUCAUAUGCUCUAAUUAUUAGGGUGAAAACUUUUUAAAGGGGCUUGGUUCUUAUUUUAUUAUUGUAAUUGCAACCUUGAAUAAUGUAAUUUAGGAAUGUGAUUUUUAAAUUUUAGUCCAAAUGUUUUAAUAUAUGUGUAUACGCAAAUUUGUACCAAUUUAUGAUACAUUUUAUUGGGGCUGUUGUUUGUAAUCUGACAAGGAGAUAUUUUGGUACUGUUUCCUAAAAUGUUCCAAAUGUGUUGUGUUUUUGUGGGCGGGGGAGUAGAAUAUAUUUUUGUAGUGGCAUAAUCAAGUAUGAGAACUCUAUCAUUUGUAAUUUCACACUACAUUAUGCUCUUCUGGAGUAAAUUUUUUCACAAUCAGA